AUGGAACAAGAAUGGUGGCAGAAAUAUCAAGCCCAGGAGGGCACGUCUAGUUUCAAUGUUAGCUUCAUGGCCAAGAUCGACAGCGACAUUGUUGACCGUGUCCGCCUUGCCGACGCCUGCAACGCAGUCUUGUCCCGGCACCGCAUUCUGCGUUCUCGCUACGUCUUCUCUCGGAAAUCAAGGACAGCGAGGCGCCAGUACAGCCACCUGCCACCACGGGUCCGGCAUAUCAGAGUCAUGGAUCCCUGGAUCGAGAUCAACCGACCCUUCGCAUUGACCAACCUGCCCCCGAUUCGCGCCGCUCUCUCAGAGUCUCACCUUAUCUUUACCAUGAGCCAUAUCGUCGCCGACCUAACGACUAUGCAGAUACUUCUGCGCGAGAUCUCUGCCCACUACCGCGGCGGCACUCUUCCGUGCAACUCACAGUCGUACAUGAACAGCACUCUCUGGCAAGACAAGCCAACCCCCUGCGACCUGAACUUUUGGUCUGAAUGUCUCGGAGAGCAGCCGCCCACCAUGCACCUUCUCGGCCACGCAGUCCAUCGCCGGGGUUACCACGGAACCUCUGCUUUCUGUGAGAUUUCCCAGUCCGUGUACCAAGGCAUGCUUGGCUUCUUCAAUCAGUUCUCCAUCACACCACAACAGCUGGCUCUCGCCGCUGUAGCCCUCUGUCUUGAUGAUCCCUCCACUGUUCUUCCUUCUACUGAUAUUGUUCUCGGCCUUCCCUACAUCAACCGGAAAUCCAAUGAAGAACUAGACGUUGUUGGUCUUUUUCUGGAACCCUUACCCGUACGUAUUCGCUACAGCCCUCAAACCGAGCCCGGGUCCUACCUUGACUCAGUCCAGCGCUCCGUCCGCGCCUCGGUCAGCCACGCCAUACACUGGGACCAGCUUCUGUCACAUCUUCAGGUCAAAUCCGCCCCGCCAGAUCAUCCCUUCUUCGAGACGGUGGUGACUUUCCACAGCCGCAGCCAUUCAAAUGGCCUGGAGCUCUCCGUUCCAGGGUUUCAGACCUGCUAUACCUUUCCCCAAGGGGCCAAGUUUCGCCUUUUAUGUGAAUUCAGCGCAGUAUCUGAGGAUAAGCUACUACUGAGGAUGGAAUACGAUCGAGAUUGCUUCUCUGAAAAGGAUAUUUGGCUGAUACAAAGACGGAUAUCGCUAGCCCUGGCAUUACUGGUGCAGGACGUUCCGUACGAGCGCAUUAGGGACAGGUUGGUGGAUUUGGCUGAUGUGCCGGAACCAAAAAUAUUAGAGGCGGACAAAGUAUUCGGGAUACCUCUCGCAGACCUCUAG